AUGUUCCCAACACAUACGUACUUUUACAUCAAAUCUUCGCUCGGCGAAAAUGUCGUUGAUGUGUACAAUGGAGAAACAGCGGCGGAUACUGAGUUGAUUAUCUGGCCUCAGAAAUACAAUGAUAACGAGAAUCAGUUGUGGCGCUACGAGGACGGCUAUCUUAUCAACAAGAAGUCCGAGAUGGUUGUUGACGUCAGAGGAGGUGAAACCCAAUCCGACACGCCCCUGAUCCAGUACGAGCGCAAGAUGACCAUGGCAUCGAACCAACGAUGGGGAUAUGAUGGCGGCUUCAUCCACCUCUUGGCCGAUCCGCGCAUGGUGUUGGAUAUCAGAGGUGGAGGCAGCAGAAAGGGUACCAAAGUGAUCUUGUACAAGCGCAAGGAAGAUGACAACGACAACCAAAGGUGGAUCAUCGAGCCAUUCGGCCAGCCGUUCCAGCCUGAACCUGUCAGCGGACCUUAUGGCAACAACCCCUAUGGCACGACUCCCGAUCAACAGCCCAACCCUUACGGUGCACCGCCACCGCCCAAUUCUUAUGGUAGCAACCCCUAUGGCACGACGCCUCAAUCAGGUCUUGCGGGCUACGGAUCCCCGGAUCCUUAUAGCUCAGGAGCCCCCAUUCCGUACGAGCAAGCUGCUGAAGUGCACAGAGAAGUGUACACAGAACCAACGGAACGAAAGGCCCACUUGUCGCACCAAUUGAUCGCCGGUGCAGCUGCGUUUGAGGCGGUCAAGGCGUACCGUCGUCAUCAAGAGGCCAAGGGCGAGGACUUCAACCAUGGUUUCUUGAAACAGUCCGUGGCAGCGCUUGCAGCAACCCAGAUUGUCAAGUAUGCAGAAGAGCAUGAUUGGAGCUCCAAGGACAAGGAAGAAGCUACCCGUCAGGCACAGACAGCAGCUGAUCACUACUGUGCGAGGGAAUUCGGAUCACAUUAA